AAGUGACAGCAGGCUGCACUGAGCUGUGAUUGGUUGUUUCCCAGAUUUGUGCACCUACAACAUCCCAACACCUGCUGAUGUCCCCACUCUCAGUGUGAAAGUCCACACAGAGGUGGAGCCCACAGGUGGAUCUGCCAGAGCCAGACUGACUGUGGAAAUCCAUCCCUGUAAGUAUGUGACAGGUUAGAGGAGAGUCUGUACCAGCGUGGAGUCACUGUGGGUGAUGAAGAGCAUGUGUGCACACACUGUUCAAACACAGCUACAGUGGGAAGGAGAAAACUACAAACAUGGUGGUCCUGGAUGUUCCCCAGAGUGUGAGUCAUUAGACUCUACCAACACGUCAUGUGAUCACUGUGAUGAUGUCAUCUCCUCACAGCUCAAACGUGGCCUCCUGUUAUCAAAGGACACACCAUCAACCACAGAGAUCAUCCAGGAGCUCCCAGUGGACGACCUGAAGCCAGCCGUGGUCCAGAUCUAUGACGACUACCAACCAGGUCCAAGUCUGACUAAGCUUUACUCCAACAGCUCACUGACACACUUCAGAGGAUCCAUCAGACUGAACAGUUCAUACAAGCUGAUGUUUCAAUCAGUGACUCAGAGAAAUGACACUUUGAUAAAUCUGGUUUUAGUCACUUUGAGUGUAAACAGGAAACAAACUGCAUCAUUUGUGCUUCUUGCACCAGGAUCCUCUCGUCUCUCCCACAGCAGGAAGUUCAGCUCUGCUCUCAUGAAGCAGCAGGAAGAUGUGAGGCUCAGAGUGAGGACUGAGUACAGACUGAUGGCACACUCAGCCUUUUGCCACUGCAUGCACAGCUAUCCUGGUGUUUCUUUUCUGGUUGGCAAGUGGCACAUCCUACAGGGUGGUCUCAAUAGUGUUUGGGAUGCCUCGUUCUACUGUCCACUAUAUCGUCCACCGAGUCACGAAAGAGUUGUUGGCCAUUCGCUACCAGGUCAUCCACCUCCCAACAACCCCAGAGGACCUGGAGGUAGUGUCCCGUGGGUUUGCAGGGCUGGUACGCCACAGAGCCUUUAUGAAAGCGGUGCAAUCGACGGCUGCCACAUACGCAUCAAGUGUCCAAGUGGCCCUGAUGGUCAGUGCUAUAGGAACAGAAAACUGUUUCCAUCAAUCAUCUUGCAGGCGGUUUGUGACCAUCGGGGCCGCUUCAUCGACACAUACGUGGGCUGGCCUGGGUCGGUGCAUGAUUCCAGGGUGCUCCGCCACAGCCCACUGUACAGUCAGUCAGUCUACCCUCCUCCAGGGCAUUUCAUCCUUGCAGAUGGAGGGUACCCAUGCCUCCAGCGUCCACUCCCCCUCAUCACACCCUACAAGAGGCCAGUCCAAGGUGUGGGAGCCCAGCGCUUUAACAGCCAUCAUUCCAGGGCACGCUCCAUAAUAGAGCGUGCUUUUGGGAUGAUGAAGAGCAGGUUCAGGGCCAUCUUCCUGCAAGCGCUGGAGGUGCACCACACCUUUGUACCUCAUGUAAUAACAGCAUGUGCCGUCCUCCACAACAUUUGCCUCAGUGCUGGCGACAUUGUGGCUCCUGAGGAUGAACCUGAGGAAGAUGGAGCAGAGGAUGAUGAGGGGGAGGCUGGAUUGGAGGCAGUCAGUGGUGCUCUGUGGCGGGACCAGCUGUCUGCCGAGGUGUCUGCCCUGGAGGAGGUACCACCAGACCAUGACUACUGUUAACAGUGGUGUGGCAGCCGUCGAUUGCCCUGCAAACCAGUGGAUGGACGAUGCAGUGGACAGAGGGAGGAAGCAUCCUAAAACUCUCUUUGCAGACCACCCUGUGCGAUUCUCCACUUUCUGACUAGAAAAGACAAACCAUGGGUCACAGUCGCAGCACCCCAUCCAUGUCUGAUCUUCCUUCAGCAAAUCCAGCAACACUGCCAGAGAUUUUCUGUUUGUGUAAUCUUUCAAAGUACGGUAUAUUUAAAAAAAAACGGU